AUGAAAUUUAAAACUGUAGCAGCUCUACUGGACGGCGUGCAUACAGAUUUUGUGGUGUCGGUUUUCGAGGAUACUACUUUUAUUGCAAUUACCCAAAAUUCAAAACUAGGGACAUUGCAUCUGGUCAAGCCUAAUUGUUAUUCAUUAGAAGAACAAGUAUACGACAUAAAAGUGCUUUUUGGCCGGGAAGACGAUAACCAAAUUUCCAGUAUUGUUAGUUUAAUGCGAGCUCUAAACAUCAACAGCAACACUAUUAUUUCUCUCAUGAUUGAAAACACUAACUUCAGAACUUUAAGAGCUGUACAACAGGUCCUAUCUACAUUGAUUUAA